AUGAGUAAAUCGAUUGCCAAAUUUGAUACAAUUGUCAUUGGAUCUGGAUUAGCUGGUUUAACAACCACUUAUCAAUUACUUAAAUCUGGUCAAAAAGUAUUGUUAUUAGAAAAAUGUGAAAAAUUAGGAGGUAAUUCCAUUAAAGCUUCUUCUGGUAUCAAUGGUGUUCCAACUAAAUAUCAACCACAACCACAAGUCGACUCCAUUGAAUCAUUUGUUGAAGAUACUUUGAGAUCUGGUAAAAAUUUAAAUGACAAAAAGAUGGUUGAUAUCUUGACUCAGAAUUCUAAAGAUGCAAUCAACUGGUUGAAUGAUGAAAUUAAUGUUGAUUUAACCAACGUUGUCUUAUUAGGUGGUCACUCACAUGCUAGAACUCAUAAAGGUGAUAAAUUACCACCAGGUUUUGCCAUUGUAUCUGGAUUGACUAAGAAAAUUGAUGGUAUUCAACAAGAAAACCCAGAAAAAGUCACAAUCCAAAAGGAAUCUGCCUUGAGCAAGAUUUUAAUUGAAAAUGGUAAAGUGAAAGGUAUUGAAUAUGAAGAUAAAGAUAAAGCAGCCCAUCAAAUUGAAGCUGAUAAUGUUGUUUUAGCAACUGGUGGAUUUUCUGCCGAUUUGAGUGCUACUUCAUUAUUGAGAAAAUAUAGGCCUGAUUUAGUUCAUUUCCCGCUGUCCAAUGGUGCUCAAACUACUGGUGAUGGACAAAAAAUUGCCGAACGUGAUGUUAAUGCCGAAUUGACUCAUAUGGAUAAAGUUCAAGUCCACCCAACUGGAUUUAUGAAGUUGGAUAAUCCAAACGAAGGUUGGAAAUUCCUUUGUGGGGAACUUAUGAGAGGUAUUGGUGGGAUUUUACUUUCCCCAAUGUCUGGAUGGAGAUUUAUUGAUGAAUUACAAACUAGAGAUGUUGUUACUGAUGCUGUUUUGAGUAAAUCACAAAUUCCAAGUGAUAACACGAUUGGCUUGAAAGCAGAAAACGGAUACGGUUCUAUUCUUGUCAUUGGUGGUGAUGAUUGCACCAAGGCUACUUCACAUAUUGGUUUCUACAAAUCUCAAGGUUUGUUAAAAGAAGGAUCUCUUGAAGAUUUGUUUGCAUUGUUGAAACAAUUAAACCCUAAUGUUCCUUUGACUCUUGAACAAUUUAAAGAAAACUUUGCUGAUCUCAACCAGGUUGUUGAUGGUAAGAAAAAUGAUCCGCUUGGUAGAACUAAUUUUGGUGGUCAAUUUGGUGAAGAAAAAUUAUGUUUUGGUGUCACCACUCCAGUUGUUCAUUUCACUAUGGGUGGUAUCAAGGUUAACUCAGACAAUGCUAAGGUUAUGACCAAAUCCGGUGAAACCAUUCCAAACUUGUUUGCUAUUGGUGAAGUAAGUGCUGGUGUUCAUGGUAAUAACCGUUUAGGUGGUUCUUCAUUGUUGGAAUGUGUAGUAUUUGGAAGAUUUGUUAGUGAGAAAAUUAUCUCCCAGAUUCCAUUGUAA